UCUGACAAGCCGUGUCGAGACCAAGCUGUCAACGCAGAAGCUGUGUGUUAUCACUAGUAAAUCAAACAAUACUACACUUCAGUGUCUCCCUUAAACAUAUCCUGCACAGAGGCGUCAUUUCUGUCUGUUAACAUAGUGGAUGAUGGGAUCUGCAGAGAGUACAACACGGAAAGUGUCUUUCGGCCUGGAUGAUGGGGACACGGUCCGAAUUUUGCGAGGAGUGAAGCUCUCAGAGGAUGUUCUCCAAAGAAUGAGGGGUGCUAAUGAAUUUUCCAAAUCUCAGACCAAAACCACUCUUGGCAACAAAGAGAACACAGAGCCACAUCUUCAGUCAUCCUCUCAACAACAGUCACAGUCACAGCCACAACCUCAACCACAGCCCCAGCCCCAGGCAACCAGUGGGUCCACAGCAGCAGACGUGAGCGAGGAGCUGAAGAGAAGGUACGAGCGUCAGCAGAGCAUCAUCCAGGAGGAGCUGGCCCGUAUCGCCCGUCGAGAGAGGGAGGCCAGCCGCCAGGACCUGAGUCGAGCAAUGCAGCGCGAGAGAGCGCAGACCAGACAGGAGGCGGACAAAGCCCAGUCGCUGCUUCCCCAAGCAGUUGAGGAGUGGAGCAAACAGCUUGAGAAGAAAGAGGCAGAGCUCAAAGCCUUAGAUGCCUUCUACAAGGAGCAGAUAGCACAACUGGAAAAGAGGAAUGUGGAGCGGUACAAGGCCACCCAUGAGCAGUUCCGUUCUGCUGCCACCAAGUCAGAGUCCCAUGUGAGGCCUCGUAACACAGAGGCUGUGUGCACCAGCCUCCAAGCCCAGAUCCUGCACUGCUACCGGGAGAACCGGGACCAGACUCUCCGCUGCUCCGACCUGGCCAAGGAGUACAUGCAGUGUAUUGAUGCAGCUAAGAAGAAUUUGUUGGUGAACCAUGGCUGAAGAGGAUCACUCCAGCUAGUUGACCCGCCAGCAAAACCUGCCAUCACACACACUUCCUCAUCCGUGCACUGGAGGCAUAGAGGGGCUUUUCCACAUUAACGCCUUCGGUUAUUAUUAUUAUUAUUAUUAUUUUUUUUUUUUUUCAUUUUUAUUAAAUCAUAUUAUAUUAAUUUUAUGAAGUUGCACUAAAGCAGGCUACAUUCAGAAGGCUUUAAGGAAAUAUUCAAUAUGUGAGAGUGGGUAGUAAGUGGAUUUUUAAGUGAGAGACUUGGGUUUGUUUUUAUAAAAUUAUAUUUACUCAGGAAGUCCUGGAAUUGAUUUAUCAGGAUCAUAUGUAUGCAUCGCUUUGUAUUAAACCAUAUCCUCUCAUGCAAUACCUA